AUGUUUUCUUAUACAAAAGAGCGUACCUUGUUAGAUGAUAUAAAAAUAAAAGAAAAAAAUGAAUUUGUAAUUAAAUUAGCAGUUUAUAUAAUAUAAUUUGAAAUGUAAAUUAUUGAGGUUUUAAAAUAAAAACCUUCCAAGAAUCAAAAACAAAUCAUCUUGAACUAUUAGAACAUUAGAGAGAUAGGUUUACACAAUUCUUUCAUCUAUAUUACAACUCUAUGUUUGUCUCAUAAUUGUAUUUAACAUUUAGAUGGGAUCGAUUAAUUUGUGUAAUUAACAACUCUCUCCUUACAUCAUAAUCUUAUUCAAAGUGUUAAUGAGUUAAAUAAAAUUAAAUAACCUCAUCUACUUAAAUUACUCAACAUUCAUCAUAAUCCAUUUACUGUUAAUCCAACCUAUUCAACCGUCAUUUUGUAGAAAUUUUGUUAUUUGGAACAACUUGACAAUUAAAAGUUAAAUAAGUAAUAUUAUUAAUAAUAUUUUCAUUGGAUCAAAUCUAUUGGUUAAUUACUUAUUCCUUAUCUGAAUGAAAAUUGUAUAUCAGAAUAAUUAGUUAAUUAAUUGUCUAUGGAAUUAAAAAAAUAUGAAAUUUGUAUUUUUAAACUAAAUUCCAUUAUUUAUACUCAUCUAAUUAAUUUUCACUAUUCAAAUUAAUAUACUUAAUAAUAAUUAUAACAAUCAGGAGAAUAAGUAUUCUCAAAACUCAUAGACAUCUUAAAUAAUAACCAAAAAAACAAUGAUCUAUAAAUGUGUUUGAUUAAUCAAUCAUUAUAAGAUUAAGAAAUAGAUUUGUUCGAAUUUUAAUCUAACAAUAUCUAUAAAUAAAAAUGUUUAUAUCUAAACUUUUUGUAAUUGAAUGACAUUAUAUUUAUGGAACAAUAAUUUUGUUUCCCUUAUUUCCCUUUAUGCAUAGAUUAUGUUAAAUCAAUAAUAGAAUUAAUUAAAAUAUAAUUUAAAAAGCAGAAUAAGUAUGUAAAUACAAGAUAUCAAUAAACUUCAUUAUAAUCCUAUCGUUAAUAAAGUGUAGAUAAUUAAGAAAAUAAUCGAUCUAAUUAAUAAUCAAUCAAUAAGACUAAAUCAAGUUAAUCAAUAGGUAGAAUGAAAAAUAAUACUAAUAAAUCUAUUUUGACUUCCUAAAGUUAAUUAAGUCAUAGAAUUAAUAAUAAUUCUGUUUCAAUAUUUGUUAGAGUUUUAAAUAAUUUCACAAAAAAAUAAAAUUUACUUUAAAAAUAAUCAUUAUUUGAUAUUUUAAAGAAGAGAACACUUAUUCAAUAAAUUUUUGAUAAAAUAAUAUAAAGAAAAUAAAUAGGUUUUAUUAAAGAAAGCUUUAAUAAAUUGAAAUAACUUCUUGCUGUAAAGAUCAUAGCAAAAGUCACUUUACCAAUUCUCAAUGAAAUUAAGGAAGAAGCAUUUAAUAAUAUAUUAAGGCUUAAAAAUAGAUAUGAGGCUAAAUAGCUUGAAAAAAGUAUAUAACACUUUUAAAUGUAAAGAAACAGACUGUUCUUCUCGAUUCUAUUAAUAAAUUAAUAAUAAAUGGUUUAAUAAAAAUAAGCUUUAUCUUAAUUAUUAAAAAAAUAGAGAUAAUUACCUUUAAGAGAACAUUUUUAAAGAUGGAAGAUUUUUACUAUUAGUGAAUAAUUUUAUGAUUAAAUUUUUCAAUAAAAGAAUAACGAAAUUAAAUCUUUAGCAUCAAUUUCUACAAAAAAUGAAAUUUGUAAAAAAUAGCCAAAUAAAUCAAUCCAAUUUUUAGAUAGUAAUUCAACACUUGAAUAAGAUGGAGAUAAAAAAUUAAAAAGAAAUUCAGCUACUUCUAUUAAUGAACAAUUAAAAAAGAAUGGAACAAACAUAUACUGUGAAUAUGUAGUUAUUAAUAAUAAGUUAAAGAAAAAAAAGAAAAAAAAGUCUUUAAAAAAUUCUAAAUCUAAAAAAGAUAAUAAAAAUAAAUAAAAUAAGAUUAAAUGUGGUAUCUGUAGAGAUUAUUUAGAUGAAAAUGGUAAUAUUAUAGAUAAGAGAGAUAAAAAAUGA